AUGCAGCACGUGUCUGCCAUCUACAAGUCCAAAGUUCUCCCUUAUGCAAUAGUCGUACCGCCCAGAAGGAGCAGUGAAUCUGAUCUACUCGGUUCAUUGAGGAUUUACUCGAUUGUUCCGCUUGGUUUGUCGACUUUGGUGUAUUCGUCGAACCCAUCGCUGCUGAUCUCCAUCUUUCUAAUCAUAAAAACGACGGGAUAA